UACCCAUAUCUCAUUACGGUGAAAUAUAACGCCAGCGGCACUUUGAGGAUAUAUAUAAAGUCCGUCAUAUGUCAUUAUCGGUACAUUCGAAUUGAGGUCUCCUCAUAGUAAAGUCACUUACCAUCUCACAAAAUGGCUUUCAAGCUGAUAGUAUUGGUGUGCGCCAUCGCCACAGUCCAAGCGGGAGUGCUCUCUCCUGUAGCGUACACGGCACAGGCGCCUGUCGCAUAUGCCGCUGCACCCAUAGUGCACGCUGCUCCGGCCGCGUCUAUCGUCCACUCCGCACCACUCACUUACUCCUCACCCAUCGCCAAAGUCGCCGCCGUCGCCCCCGUCGAAGAAUACGACCCCCACCCACAGUACAGCUUCGCCUACGACGUCCAAGACGGACUCACCGGUGACUCGAAGGCUCAGCACGAGACUCGUGAUGGCGACGUCGUACAGGGCUCGUAUUCCGUCGUCGACCCCGACGGUGUCAAGCGCACUGUUGAAUACACCGCUGAUCCCCACAAUGGAUUCAACGCGGUCGUACAUAGAGAGCCUCUCGCCGUGAAAGCCGUGGCACCAGUGGCUAAGAUCGCCGCCCCUGUUGCUUACAGCGCCGCCCCGGUUGUCCACUCUGCCCCGGUUGUCCACUCUGCCCCGGUUGUCCACUCUGCCCCGGUUGUCCACUCUGCCCCAGUCGUCCACGCCGCCCCAGUCGUCCACGCCGCCCCGGUGGUCCACGCUCCAGUGGCCUACUCCGCCCCUCUUUACCAUCACUAAACUGCAAGAUCACCUAGUCAAAGACCAAUUGUUAAAUUAUUGUUUACUUAGACAAAUAUAGAAGAAUAUGAUUGAA